UCGGAUGGGAGUGUAAAAUAAUACCAACCAGCGGAAAAGAUGCUCGACGAGAAACUGGAAAUGUAAUGUUGACAUAUUUUUAUGCCGUGAAAAAGACUGAUUUUUAGGACACCGAUGUAACGCCUAUUAUUCUGUUGUCAGUUACAUGAACGGGAAAUAUUAGCUGCAGCUUGGACCGUCACAAAAAAUGAAUUGGGGAGAGGAGUUAUGGGACCAGUACAGUCAGCUGGAAAAACACACUGAAAAGGGAAUAGAUUUUCUUGAUAAGUACUGCCAUUUUGUGAAAGAACGACAGCAGAUUGAGCUUCAGUAUGCAACAUCAUUGAAGAGGCUUAUCAAGAGCUCUCAACCAAAGGAGAAGAAAAAUGACGAUGUCCCAUUUUCCACGGUGACGUCGUUCAAGAACAUCUUGAAGGAGCUCCAAGGCAUCGCGAACCAGCAUGACCUCAUCGCGGACGGACUUGCGACUAAGGUCACCAAGGAAGUGCAGACGGUCAUAGCGGAGGUGAAACAAGAGAGGAAGAAGCUCCUCCAAGAUGCGCGGAGCAAGGAGGCGGCCAAAGACAAAUCUAUCAAGAAGAUGGAACAGACUAAGGACACUUACAGGGCAGCUCACGGUAAUUACAUCUCAGCUAAGCAGCAGUUUGAGAAGGUAGACAGUGAUCUCUCCCAAAGCAGGGCGCAGGUUGAAAAGAGUCGACAGAAUAUGAUAUCCAAGGACCAGUCUCGAGAAGACAGCAAGAAUGAGUACAUCCUGCAGCUGACUCAAACUAACAAAGACCAACAUGAACAUUACUACACCAUACUACCCGAUGUCUUUAAUAAAAUCCAAGAGAUGGACGAACGGCGGAUAACAAAGACGAGCGAGUUGUACAAGCAGUAUGCGGACUGUCACCGCAGCGUACUCCCAAUCGUCAGUAAAUGCCUGGAUGAUAUCACGAUGGAAGCGGAGAAAAUUAGCCCUGCUGAGGAUUCUAAAAAGGUAACAACAAAGUACAAAUCAGGGCUAGUUCCACCAGACGACUUCCGGAUGUUGGAUCUCGACGAACCCAGAGACGCUACCGAGACGAAAGAACCGGACUCGGUGUCCGGGAACAGCAUAACGACCAACAACAGCGGUGGAACAGUGUCAGGAAAGAACAAAAAAACCAAAAAGGGUGGUCUCAGAUCAAUUUGGGCAAAGCGGGCACCCAGCGUUUCUCACAUCACAAAGGACGACGAACGGGGUGGAAGUAUACGCAGAUUAAAAAUCCCCCACACGCCCUCAUUUAGACGAAAGCCCGAGCCAGCAGAAGAUUUUAGCCAUUUGCAACCCCAUCAGCAACGGAGGGAACUCCAGAAGAAAAUAGAUGAGGUCCAAUUACAAGUUGACCAAGAAAUUAAGUCCAAGGAAGCGUUGAUCAAGAUGCGAGAAGUCUACACCAAGAACCCAACCCUUGGUGAUCCAGCGUCGGUAGAGAGCCAGCUAACCAUCAUCGGCAAGAAAGUGGAUUCCCUGAGACUAGAGCUGCAAAAAUACCAAAAAUACAUGGGCUAUUCAGCGUAUAGUAAUAAGACGAAUAACUCUGAAUCAUCCGAUAGUAACUAUAAAGACAAAGCCGAAGGUAAAACAGGGACCCCCGUCAGCACACCACCGAGCUCGCAGCCGAGUUCACAGCACAGCACACCAGUGUCGGACCGGUACAGCAGCGUGAAGCAAGAGGCAGCCUCCGAUGACCCUUUGCACGGAUCCAAUCAGUCGAGCCCGGUCAGGGUACCUGUCCCGCCGUUGCCCCAUAAUGACAACGCGGAGCUUGACGAUACGGAUGCGUUGACCCCGGGCGGUGAUAGCAUUACUAGCCCCGUCUCUUCCAGGCAAGAAAGUUUCUAUGAAGAUGUCGAUGAUGAUUUCGAGGACCAUCCACAGGCCAAGGCCAAAUUUGCAUUUCAAAGUGGGGAUGUGAACUCACUUAGUAUGGAGGUUGGUGAUGUACUAGAUAUCAUGGAGGAGGACACCGGCGACGGCUGGACGCGAGUCCGCAAAGGAGAUAAUGAGGGAUUUGUGCCAACAACGUACCUAGAAUUCGACUCAUGACAACGAGGGCGCUAGACCUCGUAAGAUGAUGAUCGUAUCUGGGAUAUCGUUUCUAGAUACGAUUUCGUUAAACUGAACGUCCGCCAUUUGUAAACACGUCAGCCAUGAAGAGGAGCUUAGGACGGGUCUGCGAUUUGGCGGCUACAGCCGGGGCUACGACUAGAUUUCUGCGUCAUCAUGCAUUGGGAACACCCUUUGCAACAGCCAGAGCCGUAGCUGUGGCCACCAAUUCAGAUAAGGCCUAAUGCCUUUGUGCACAGCUACAAUCGUGAGUACACAAUUUGUUCGCGUCCAUUUUAUGAACAACAGUUUGAAAACCACUGACGUAGCAGUUAUCUCAAUGUUAAUUAUACAUCAAUUAAAGGGUCUAUGUACUUUUUCCUAACACAAAACACAAUGUCCACAGAUUUACAUUAAACUUUAACAGUUU